CCUAUUUGUAAAACGGUUGCUUUAUGGUAGAAACCGAUAGAAAAAUAGAUGACAGCGGCAGGUACAAGCCGCAUGGGAUGCACGCAUGGAAUGGGACGCAACAGGCACAGAACGCUACGGCUUCCGAAACAGAAACCACGCCUUUGCUGUCUAAGGCAGCAGCCGCAAACCACGCUGGAUUUCCUGAUUAUUCUGCUUUUUUCAAAGCAGUUGAAGUAAAAGUGAAGAUUUUUUCCAAGUUUAUAUCGAUUAUAUUAGCUGUUUCAUGGGUGGUUUGGUACAUCACGACUAUUAUCUCCAUGUUUCGUCGUCAAGACCUUACAAUGGAUAUUGCCAAAAACAUUAUCCUUGAUACACCCAAUAGCUUUAAGCUGCGCGAAUACCUUGUCAACUACACCUCGGUAGCCCAUGUUGCUGGAACAGAAUCGGAUCGCUUACAAGCCGAGUGGACUCGCGAUAAGCUUGUUGAGUUCGGUAUUAAGGAUGUAAAGAUCGAGACAUACUGGCCGCUUCUCAACUAUCCGAAAAGUCAUCGAGUGGCUAUCGUGUCUGGCCCAGAGCACUUGCACUAUGAAGCUAAACUUCGGGAAGACGUUGCUCCCGGGGAUGAUACCAGCAAGCGACAGGACGAUGUUCCAACCUUUCAUGGUUAUAGCAAGGGAGGCAAUGUCACUGCUCCGAUCAUUUAUGUAAAUUAUGGUCGUAUUGAAGACUUCAGACUGUUGGCGUCACGAGGCGUUCAGAUGAAUGGAACCAUUGCCUUGGUGCGAUACGGAGAGAAUUUCCGUGGACUAAAGGUUACUGCAGCAGAACAAUUUGGAUGUGUAGGAGUUUUGAUCUACUCUGAUCCUAUCGAUGACGGCCCUGUGUCCAAGCCCGGUGUUGAAAAUCCUGCAAAACCGUAUCCUGAAGGACCAUGGAGGGCUCGAUCGUCUGUUCAACGUGGAUCGGUUCAGCCAUUUUCCCUUAUGGCAGGAGAUCCUCUGACUCCUGGAUAUGCUGCCAAGGAAAACGUUACUCGACUUGCCAUAAAUGAAACGAUCGGUAUCGCAAAGAUACCAUCUAUGCCGAUUUCUUGGGAGGAUGCGGUACCACUUUUUAAAGCGCUCAUUGGGCAUGGACGAGUUAUUGAAAGCUGGAAAGGCGGGUUGGACAAUGCAAUGUACUUUUAUGGUCCUUCCGUGGCCGAAGUAAACCUAGUCAACGAGAUUGAAAACAAGAUCACUCCAAUCUGGAAUGUCAUUGGAAGGAUCCAAGGUCAUGAGGAAGGUAGCAAAGCUAUUGUGCUCGGCAACCAUCGUGAUGCAUGGGUGUACGGCGCGAUCGAUCCUUCCUCUGGUUCAGCAAUUAUGCUUGAGCUGGCAAGAACAUUUGGCAUUUUGUUAAAGCACGGAUGGAAGCCAAGGCGAACCAUCAUCUUUGCCUCCUGGGAUGCCGAAGAAUACGGCAUGGUUGGUUCAACAGAAUGGGUAGAGGAUCACAAAGAAUGGCUCGAUAACGGAGCUAUCUGUUACCUGAAUGUAGACAUGGCAGUUUCUGGCCCACAUUUUGCAGCCACAGGCUCACCAUCAAUGAACCAACUAUUGUAUGAGAUCACAAAGCAAGUUCCUGAUCCCAAAACUCAUAUGUCCAUUUACGAUACCUGGCUCAAAGAUUCUGGAGACCGUGUGAAUGAACCCUUUGUCGGCACCCUUGGCUCUGGCUCUGAUUAUGUUGCCUUUAUCGAUCAUGUUGGCAUUGCUUCCGUGGAUAUAAGAUUCACAGGUGAAUUUGGUGUAUACCAUUCAAAUUACGACAGUUUAUAUUGGAUGGACCAUUUCGGCGACCCGACCUAUCAGUACCAUGUCGCACUCACACAAAUUUGGGGCUUGAUGGCAUUUCACCUAGCUAACGACCGGUUACUGAAGAUGACUGCCACACCAUACGCUGCAUUCAUCGCUGAACAAUUCCGUUCACUCAAGAGUCUAUCCCCUUUGCGAGAUUUCUCGAAUUUGGAGUCGGCUAUUAGGAACUUCAUUGACGCUGCCGACAUUCUAGAUGCCCAAGUACUUUUAUUAAAGAACGGCAGCGGAAAUACAUCCAUCGGCGACGUUAACUCUAGGCUUAGCUUCUUCGAACGCCGGUUCAUUGACCCUGAAGGUAUCCAAGGUCGUGACUGGUUCAAGCAUGUUAUCAUAGCGCCGGGGUUGUGGACCGGGUACGCGGCUCAAACGUUCCCGGCCAUUGUCGAGGCCAUCGAGAACGGGAACGAAACUGCGAUUAUGCAUACAAUGAACAGAGCAGCUUUGCACAUUGAAAAAGCAGCCAAGUUCGUAGCAGGUCGACGAUCUUUUCACUAGCGAGGCUGGUAGAUGGACAGUAUCAACAUUUAUUCAUAUUGCAGUGAUAAGAAAAAAAGGCGGGUGGAGAGAAAGUGGAG